GCCUUCUCUUCCAUCAGUACCAUUUUGUUGAUCAGCGUUUGAACUGGACUGAAGCUCAGACCUACUGCAGACAGAAAUACACAGAUCUGGCCACCAUUGAAACAUCUGAAGAAAUGGACCAACUCAUGGAAACUGUGUCGUCGGCUGGUUACAAAUCGGGUUUUUGGAUCGGUCUGUACAUUGAAAUCAACUGGAGGUGGUCUGAUGGGUUCAGUGGAAGCUUCACGGGCAACAGUUAUGAGACUUCAGUAAAUCCAUCAAACUGUCUCAGUGAUCAGAUCUGUAUGAUUGUGUACUGGCAUUCCGAGCAUCAUCAUUGGUCUGACUCAAACUGCAGUUCAGUGUUUCCCUUUGUGUGCUACAAUGGAACACAGCAGAAUCCUGAUUAUGUUUUUGUGAAUGAGAGAAUGAACUGGUCCAGCGCUCAGAGAUACUGCAGACACAACUUCACAGACCUGGCCACAUUGAGGAACGAGACAGACUGGACGAAGCUUUAUUCUGUGACACCUAUUGAACAGAAUGUGUGGAUCGGUCUUUACAUAGAUACAAACAUUUCCUGGUCUGAUGGGAGCAACUUCUCCUUCUCCCAAAAACCAACCUCUUCCUCUCUUCAGCCUGGUGUGACCACUGCCAGAUGUGGUUAUCAAUAUAGGCCAAAUACAAAUGACUGGUAUUUGUAUCCUUGUGAAUACAGAUAUCCAUUUGUCUGUUGUGGUCUUCCUAAAGUAUCGAGGCGUGUGAAGCUGAGACUGAAGGUGGAGAACUCUGACCUUCUGAGUGAUGCUGCUGUGAAAGAAAAGCUGCUGGAAAAGCUUCAGGAGAAACUGGAGGAGAACGGAGUGAGUGGAGUGAAGCUGAAGUGGAAACAGACGACUGAUGGAAAAGUCUUCAACCGGGAGAAGAAAAAGAAGACUGAGCUCUGAAAAAUACUUAAUAUUUAUUAAACCUAAAAUUGUUUGAUUUAUUUAUUAAUCUAAUGCUUAAAUUUGUAAAGACAUUUUAAAAUAAAAUCUGAG